GAAAAUGAGGCAGAGAGACCAGAGGAAGAAAAAGCUAGUGUUCCACCCCCACCUGGAAGUGAAGAGGAAGCGUCAGAAAAUGGCGUUGUGAAAACGAAGGUGGCAGAGGCUGAGGCUGACAGUGAUAGUGAUAGUGAUGACGAUGAAGAUGAUGUUCAAGUCACCAUAGGGGAUAUUAAAACAGGAGCUCCACAGUAUAGUUAUGGAGCGGCACCCGUGAAUCUUAAUAUUAAGACAGGAGGACGAGCUUAUGGAUCUUCUGGUGCAAAAGUUAAAGGGGUGGAUCUAGAUGCACCAGGGAGUAUUAAUGGUGUGCCACUUCUGGAAGUAGAUUUAGAUUCUUUUGAAGAUAAACCUUGGAGAAAGCCAGGGGCUGAUCUCUCUGACUAUUUCAACUAUGGCUUCAAUGAAGAUACCUGGAAGGCUUACUGUGAAAAACAAAAGAGAAUACGAAUGGGUCUUGAAAUUUUACCAGUUACCUCAACCACAAGUAAAAUUACGGUACAGCAGGGCAGAACUGGAAAUUUGGAGAAAGAGUUGGCAGUGCAGUCGUCCAAAGCUGAAUUCACGUCUCCUCCUGCCUUAUUCAAAUCAGGAAUUCCAGCAAACAGGCGAUUACCUGGCACGAUAGAUGUGAUUGGACAGACCAUCACCAUCAGCAGGGUGGAAGGACGACGGCGUGCUAAUGAAAACAGCAACAUACAGGUUCUUUCAGAACGAUCUAAUCCUGAAGUAGACAAUUUUACCAAGCCACCUCCAUUUUUCCCUCCAGGAGCUCCACCUACCCACCUUCCACCACCUCCCUUCCUCCCACCCCCUCCAACUGUCAGUACUGCUCCACCUCUGAUUCCCCCACCAGGUAUACCGAUAACAGUACCACCACCAGGCUUUCCACCACCACCUGGCGGUCCUCCACCUUCCCUCAUACCCACAAUAGAAAGUGGACAUUCUGGCUAUGAUGGUCGUUCUGUUCGUGCAUUUUCGUAUGGCAAUGUCACCUUUCCGCACCUUGCAGGUUCUGCUCCUUCGUGGUCUAGUCUUAUGGACACCAGCAAACAGUGGGAUUACUAUGCACGACGAGAGAAGGAUAGGGAACGGGAGAGAGAACGAUCCCGAGAUCGAGAUCGGGAUCGGGACCGGGACCGGGACAGAGAUCGAGAACGCACCAGAGACAGGGAAAGGGAACGAGACCACAGUCCAACUCCAAGUGUGUUCAACAGUGAUGAAGAGCGAUACAGAUACAGAGACUAUGCAGAAAGAGGCUAUGACCGCCACAGGACAAGUAGAGAGAAAGAAGACCGACACAGAGACAGGAGACACAGAGAGAAAGAAGACACUAGACACAAGUCAUCUCGAAGUAACAGCAGACGUCGUCAUGACAGUGAAGAAGGGGACAGCCACAGAAGGCACAAACACAAAAAAUCCAAAAGAAGCAAAGAAGGAAAAGAAGCCAGCAGUGAACCUGCUCCCGAGCAGGAGAACACUGAAGCUGCCCCUGUGGAAUAGGCUUGUGUGAUUUUUGCCUACUUGCAUAUAUAUUAGUGCCAGAAAUAGAUUACUAUAAAUCUUGUUAUUUUUCUGGGUAUUAAAAUAAUUUGCUCUUGAUCUUGUUCUGUUAGUUUGAAAUCAAAGGUUACUUUGUUUUUUCAAAAAUAAAAAAAAUGGAUUUUUCAUGUUAAGA